UUUUUUUUUUUUAAAAAAAAAAAAAAAAAUUGAAAAAAAAAAUGUCAAAAUUAAAUAGAGAUGUUUUUUAUAUGAUAUUUGAAGAAUUACAAUAUGAUAAAAAGUCACUUUAUUCAUGCCUUUUAGCUAAUAAAAUAUUUUGUGAAAUUAUUAUUCCAAUUUUAUGGAAAAAUCCUUGGGAUCAAUUAAAACCGGAAAAUGAGAAAUUAUUAUUAAACGUAAUUUUUUCUCACUUAUCAAAUGAAUCAAAAAACGAAUUUAAGAAUCAAGGAAUUAAUUUUUUUACAACUUUGGAUCAAAAACCUUUAUUUGAUUACAUUAGUUUUUGUAAACACUUAAAUUUAAAUGUAAUUUUUAAAAUUAUUGAUAAUGCUUAUAAUAUUUUUAAAAAACAUUUAACAAUUAUUAAAAAAGAAUUAAUCACUCUUUUUACUAAUAGAAAUAUUAAGUUUACACACAUUUAUAUACCUCAAGCAUAUAAUUGUCAAUUACAUCUUCUUCCUGGGAAUCAACAUCUCUUUUCAGGACUAGAAUUUCUUAAUUGUAGUACUGCCAUAAAUAAGAAUGAUCUGUUAUGGUUAAAAGAAGUUUGUCAAUCUAUUAAAGAAUUGGAUCUAAUUAUUGAAAAAUCUAAAAGUAAUCCUACUGAAAUUGCCAAAUUGAUUGAAGGUCAGAAAAAAGUAAUUAAAGUCAGUUUUAGGGUAAUUAAUAAGAAAAAUAGUGAAUUAUAUUUUGAAAUUCUUGAAAAUUCAUUGGUUAAACAUGCAAAUACUAUUCAACAUUUUCGGACAACUAAACCUCCUGUCACUAAAAUUCUUUCAUCUUUUGUAAAUCUAAAAAGUUUGGAAUUGGACAAUUACUUUAAUGAAAAAGUAUUGAAUUGUUUAGAAGAUUUAUCCUUACCUUUAUUAGAAAAUUUAAAAGCUAGUCGUGUUCCAAUUAAAGCUUUAACAGAAUUAAUUAAUAAUACAAAUGGAUAUCUUACUGAAGUCAAGAUUGAUUAUGUGGCUCAUAAUAAGUUCGAUAAUAAAAAACUUAUCCAGGCUAUAUAUCAGAAUUGUCCAAAUCUUAAAUAUCUUAAAUUAAUGUUUAGAAGUGGUGAUAUUUUUGAAUUAGAAAAUUUAUUAAUUAGAUGCCAACAUUUAAAAGGAUUAGUUAUAAUUAUUGACAAUGAAGACUUUUUGUCUAAUUGGGAUAAUUUGUUCAAAGUAUUAAUGAAUUCAUCACCAAUUGGGUUAUUCAAAUUUAAAUUUUGGUUAAAUGUUUCUUAUACAAUUGAUUUAGAGUCCUUAAAAUUCUUUUUUGAUAAUUGGAAAGAAAGACCACCUAUUUUAUUACAAAUAAUUUCAGUGAUAACAAGUGUAAGUUUAGAUGGUUUAAUUAAAAAGUAUAUUGCAGAAGGAAUAGUUGCAAAAUAUGAUAAUAGUUAUGUUCAUAAUUUGAGUGGGAGUUCUCUUGAUCAUUUUGAAUGGAUUUAAAUAUCUUUUAAAAAUAAUUUCAUCUUUUUAUUUUGUGUUUACUGAAGUAUUGGGUUCAAUUUUAAAUAUAAAUAAAUGAAUGAUUAUCUCCUAAAAAUAUAAAUACAAUGAAAUUUUCAAUAGUUCCCUUACGUUUAUAUGUAACCUCUAUUUCUCUCAUUGAUAAUCAAAGGUUAUAAUAUAAAAAUACUGCUAUGUAAUAGAUCAACUGAAAUGGUUGAUAAUCUUUUUUUUUAUAUACUGUAAAAC